UUCUCUGCAGUGAGGCACUGAAGCAAGUCAAGCUGUCAUUCUGCAAAAGCUGCCCCACAGCCUAUGUGUAAAACACUUUUUGCUUCAGGACGUCUGGUUCCAAAUGCUGUCUCCGGAGACUUGAUGGCUUCAACAUGUUAAAUUACUUUCAUUCCACAUUUUUUAGACAUGUAUUGAUUCUAUGCUUGUGGGAGUGAAGCAGCCUCAGCAACAUCAGCCUACGUAGUAACAGUUCUGAUAAUUUUUUUCUCAACAGCAAGCCUUGUGAGGUAGCAGAAAGCCAACAAUAAGCAGGUGUUCUACAAUCUCUGAUUUUGAAGAAAUCAUUUGGUCUUUUUCAAUUCAGAAUGCUGGAGGAAGGAUAAUAUAAUACACUAAGAUCUGCAAAAAAAAAUCUUAAUUGGACAUCAUUAACAGCGCAGCAUGGUGCUUUUACAGAUCCUUUUGUUUGAAAGGAAAAGAAAGAUGAAGACACACAGUACUAAUCAAGACCUUGAUUGUGGAUUAUGAUCCUGCUGGCUCCAGAUUGUCCACUGAUUCUCUUUCAAAUAAUUACUGUGCAAAUUAAACUGCCAGUCAGAUCAGAACUCAAUGCUAAUGGGAAAGCUGCCAUUUUCACUUGAUUACUAAAAAAAUACACAAAAAAUAGAACAUCUCAUCAAUAUUUCUGGUUUUACCAGUAAAGUGCUCAAAAAAUAAAAAAUUGACCUUUCCAGAUCAAUACUAAUGCUUGACUAACCUGGGCUUUUUACAUUAAAGAGACAAAAAAGACAAAACCAAAGGCCUUGGAAGAGGGCUCAGGCUUAAUAAAAUGCCCUUUUUACUUGUGGAUAUAUUUUUUUGGCAAACAGAAAUAUGUUUUGACUUUUCUCCCACUUUACCGACUAUUGUAAUUUCAGGUACCAACCUAAGGAUGCGUCAAAGCAGUAUCUUUUAUACAAAACAAAUGCUAAUAUACUAAAGAAAACCAUGUGAAUGCAACUUAUUGUUUUUUCCCUUUCAUUUGUUUGUACAACUGUGCAACAGACAAGAUACUGACCCUGACUUAUACUUCAAGUGGCAAGGAUAUCUGAUACAGAUCAGAGUCUGUCUUUUUCCUCCACUUCAUGGCUUGCUCAAGAAUCAUACAUAUAUGUUGAAGUUCCACAUCUUUUCAGGGAUGUCAGUUGUUAUAAUCAAGAGUAAACAGUGGAAAAAUGAGUGCCCAGAGGGUGCACAGCAAAGCAGAAUCAGUGAACUGAACUGACAAAACAAAAUGAUCAGGUUUAAUGACAUCCUGUGCAAACAGAGACAAAUCUCAUUUAUGGCAUUUCCAACCUCCUGAGACUUUCAGAGAACUCUGGGAACAGGAUAAUGCAUUCCCCCCGAGUGCUGGAAGUCAUCAUGCAGUCGGAAUACAACGUUACUGUACAAGACAACAUUGAGUCCAUCAGCAGAAACAUGAAUCAGGCUCUGCCAUACCCACUCAGCUUUCAAGUUUCACUCACAGGCUUCCUCAUGCUGGAAAUUGUUUUGGGCCUCAGCAGCAACCUGACUGUGCUUGUCCUUUACUGCAUGAAGUCAAAUCUGAUCAACUCUGUUAGCAAUAUAGUCACCAUGAACUUGCACGUGCUUGAUGUCAUCAUCUGCAUAGGCUGUAUUCCUCUAACCAUUGUUAUUACUCUGCUUUCCCUAGAAAGCAACACUGCACUGAUCUGUUGCUUUCAUGAAGCUUGUGUGUCCUUUGCAAGUGUAGCAACAGCUGUGAAUGUCCUUGCCAUUACUCUAGACAGAUAUGACAUUUCAGUGAAGCCUGCAAAUCGUAUUCUGACAAUGGGAAGAGCAAUGAUACUUCUUACACUUGUUUGGAUUGUGUCCUUCUUCAGUUUUCUCAUUCCUUUCAUAGAAGUCAGCUUUUUUAAUAUUCAGGCAGAAAACACAGAUCAGAAUGCCACCAUUUCAAGCACUGAUAUCAACCAGUAUUACACUGAAUUAGGUCUGUACUAUCAUCUUCACGCACAAAUCCCUAUUUUCUUCUUUACAGUUAUAGUCAUGUUAAUAACAUAUACCAAAAUACUGCAAGCUUUAAACAUAAGGAUUGGCACCAGGUUCUCAACAGUACAGAAGAAGAAAGCACGGAAAAAAAAGACUAUUUCCAUGUCCACACAACAGGAGACUACAGAUGUUCAACAAAACAGUGAAGGAAGGAAUGUAACGUUUGGAGUACGAACUUCAGUUUCUGUGAUAAUUGCACUUAGAAGGGCAGUCAAACGUCAUCGGGAACGUCGUGAGAGACAAAAGAGGGUCUUUCGCAUGUCACUGUUAAUAAUUUCCACGUUUCUUCUUUGUUGGACACCUAUUACAGUUUUAAACUCUGUCAUCUUAUGUAUUGGACCAAGUGAUCUACUGGUACGAUUAAGACUUGGGUUUCUUGUUAUGGCCUACGGCACAACAAUAUUUCACCCCUUAUUGUAUGCAUUUACAAGACAGAAAUUUCAAAAGGUCCUAAAAAGCAAAAUGAAAAAGAGAGUAGUAUCAAUAGUGGAGGCAGACCCACUUCCUAAUAAUGCCAUUAUUCAUAACUCCUGGAUUGACCCAAAAAGGAACAAAAAUGUGAUAUUUGAGGAAAAUGAAGUUCACCAAAAAUGUCUAACAGAAGAUGGGGAAUAGAAGAAGGAUUUCAACAACAAAAAUCUUAAAGUAAAACUGAAGUUUUGAAUAAAAAAUCCUUAAGCUGACUAUAUGACAAAAUAGGAUUUCACAAAUACUGUAACAUCUACAGUUAAUAUAAAAAGAUUUAUUUAUUUCUAUUUAUUGUGAAAAAUAAGAUAUUUAAGUAUUAGACUUUCACUGGAGUAUCUGUAAAAA